AUGACUACGCGACAGACGUUGGGAAAUUGUGAAUCGCCGCAUGCGCGCGUGCUGGGCGCCGUGGGCGCUGUUGGCGUGGGCGCUUUUGGUGAUGGGGGUCGGGGCGGGGCGGCCGCCGCUGGAGGUGUCGGUGUCUAUCGGCGCCAAGCGACUGCUGCACCGCACCGGCGACCUCUUCAUCGGCCUGCAGCUCGACCCCGCGCAGCUCCUGGUCGCGCACGACAGCAGGUGAGUGCUUCUGAAGCAGUCGAAGAGAUGCUUUCGAGGAUGGCGAGAUCUGUCGCCGACCAACACGUCGACUGGCGGGGGAUUUCUGCAUUCAGGUAUCUUCCACCAGCGGUGCACCCUCCCGACUGGUUCCCCGUCAUGUGUGUUAUGUGUAUGUAUGUGUGUAAGGGAGAAAGGGAAGAUAGCAUUAAGAGAGAGAGAGAGAGAGAGAGAGAGAGAGAGAGAGAGAGAGAGAGAGAGAAAGAACUGGAUAUGAGACAGAUGCAAGUGCAAUAUCGAGAGAGACAAAGAGUGCCGGAGAGAAAAGAGAGAGAGGGGGGGAGAGGGCAGAGAACUAGAGAAAGGGGAAGAGAGCUAGAGCGAGAGAGAGAGAGAGAAAGAUCAAGAGAGAGAGAGAGAGAGAGAGAGAGAGAGAGAGAGAGAGCUAGAUCGAGACCGAAGAAGAUACUGGGGAAAGAGCAAGAGAGAGAGAGAGAGAGAGAGAGAGAGAGAGAGAGAAAGAGAUCGCACGAGUGUGUGUGUAUGCGCAGGUGGGGGUCUGCGCGGUCGCUGGCACUGGCGCGGGGCUUGGCGCCGGCCUACCUGCGUGUGGCGGGGCCCGGCACCGACACGCUGCGACUGGGCGGAGACGGCGCCCACGACCUGCACCUCGACCACCAGGGCGGCGCCGCCCGCACACACAACGUCACUGGUGAGCGCAAACGCCCACUUGAAGUACUUUUAAGAGGCAAUUGA